AUGGCUCUUUUCUCAGGACCGCCGGUCUCGAAGGAAGCUAUCUUCAGCAUAGACCGCGUCAAGUUAUACGCUGAGACGGUUGGCCUGGCUGGUACAAGCGGCGAGGAUAAGCUGACCCCUCAUGCAUAUAAAUUGCUAUCGGAGGAGCUCACCGAAAUAAUGAAGAAAAUCAUCAUCGACGCAAAGAAAUAUGCAACACAUGCGCGUCGACGGUGCGUAAGACUGGAAGAUAUCGAGCGAGCCUGCCGUGAUCGGAAUUUCCAGGCUCCUUUGGGCAAUGCUCUAUCCGAUACUCGCCAUCUGAAGCGUCAUAACUCGUCAUCGACUGGUCCCUUCUAUGGGUGGGACGAUGCAGAAAUCGACAUCACGAGCUACCUAAAUCGUCCGCUCAUCAAAUUCCCGGCCCCAAUGCGGAUCCGGUGUCAUUGGCUAGCGUAUGAGGGAGUUGUGCAGCCGGUGCCAGAGAAUAUUGUCCCUUACAGGGAAGAUGCUGCCGAGACGGAGGAUGAAGAAGCUGCAGCGGGAAAGCUGAUUGCUCGACGAGAUACCGCGAAAAUCAUCCCGAAGUCCAGCGCCACCUUCCAAUUUCGCGAUGUACAGCGAGGCAUCAAAUGCCAAGAGGUCGUUGCUGUUCGGCCAUUACCUCCGGCUAUGCUGUCAGUGGAGAAGCAAGCCUACUUGAAAAGCGUGAUGGAAGCCUGCGUUGGAGCGCAUGAUCCGCUCCGCGUAUCUGCCCUUCACUCGCUUGAAACGGAUACCGGACUGCAAGACGGAUUGCCGAUCUUGGCGAAUAUAAUCCAGAACGGGAUAAAAGCCAAUGUUGUACAUCGCUGUCUGUCACUGCUCAUCUACCUAGUCCGCGUCAUCCGUUCGCUGGCAAUGAACAAGAGCCUAUCGCUGGACCCUGUGCUUCAUCAAUUCCUUCCGUCGCUGCUGACUUGCUGCAUCAGCAGCUCACUUUGUGGCCGCCCGGAAUCGGACAACCAUUGGGCAUUACGAGACUUUGCCUCGAAGACUUUAGUGAUAGUUGUCAACUCACAUCUAAAGACUAUCCCUACCGUUCGGGACCGCGUGGUCCAGGUGUUGCGCAAGACUUUUAUUGAUAGCGAAAGCUCGGAUGCGAUGAUCUACGGGAGCGUAUUGCCUUUGUGUGAUUUGACGACGGCUACGGAGAAAGCCGACCUUAUCGCCCGCUUUGAUGAGCUUAUGGAUAACUGCCGUCGGAUCUGCCCACCGGAAGUCCAACCGCACGAUCUCCAAACAUUAGAGGCUGCUAAGCUUCUUGCUGUGCUCUCGGCUAUGGACGGAGAGUCUAAGCCCAGCAGCCUGGCGAGCACUUCUCAUGCUGCUGGCGCUUUCAUCUACGACAGCGAUUGGGUGGCAUUUGUGGCGGCAAACAUACAACCGACCGGAGAUGGGCUUGAGCAACACAGCCGCGAACUUGCCGCCGAUUGCGUCAAUAGCCGUCUAAUUCGUCUCAUCUCUAUGGCGAAGCGCUUUGCCAUCCAUGCUCGACGCUCGACGUUGAUCCCCGAAGACAUAGCAUUGGCUCGAAGCUACUUUGGAGAGCAGGACGAUUUGGCUGAUGCAAACCCGGAAAAGCUCGUCUUCCCACGACCGUUGGAGACAUUCUAUGCAUCCGGAUCUCUGGUUUAUUGCCCGCCACCGCCACCAGACUUUUUGGAGAACAAUCGAAAAGCCGCCUUGGCAAAAACGACCACGAUGACCCAUCUCAAUCAGCUCUUCUGGAAUUCGCCUGGCAAGAAGGGAGCCUCUUUUCUGACCUCUCCACAAAAAGAAGACCGCGCCAAUGAUGCCAACAAAAUGACGAACGCACAACUCAGCACACAAUCGCACUUGUUUGAUCGAGCUUUCUACGAGUUGCUGGUUCGGAACGUGAUGGGCGAUGAUGACGCUACGAGAGAGUUGGUCGAACUGAUGCCGCCCAUUCUCAGCUGUAUUUUGGCGAAAAAGCUAUCCGACGAUCCUACCAGCGAUGAGCACUGGGCCCUGCGACGGUUUAGCGCGCAGAUUGUCGCAAUAUUGUUCAAACAUUACGAUGUGGCCGAUUUUCACUCACGAACGAUCAAGGCUUUGGCCGAGCCAUGGGAAGAGAAUGCGAAUGCGGCAUUGCCCACUCUCUAUGGCUCGUUGUAUACGUUGACGAGGCUGGGAAUUCGGGUCAUGUACGAACUAUGCUCACCUCAUCUCGCUUCUGUCUACGACCGUCUGAAGCCUCUGCUCGAGUCACCGAGCUAUCGGCCCGAAACUGACGAGGCUCAAGUCUUGCUGAAGAUGAUCUAUACAGUAUUUGCCGAAUGGGUAAUCGAGACUCGGCCGCCCAAGCUAUGUUCACUAGACGAUUUUGAGCAGCAUUUCGGCGAGCAGCUUGGCUACGAGAUUCACCGGCAUUCGUUGGAUCAGGCGGUUUUGUUGGGUGUUCAGACCCGGAACCUAAACAUGCAACGCGCCGCGACAAGCCGCGCCAACCGUGCCGCA